AUGUCCGCCGAUCUUCUUCACUUUUCCGAAACGAGCCCGAGGCAUCACUUUGAAAGCGCGACUGCGCUACGAAACGCGGUGCUAUCCAAGGGGGAUGAAUACAGCGAAUAUGAGCGGUCCAUCCUUGAGGAGAUCAACGAGUUGCGUAGGGACCCUGUCGCGUAUUCCUUUGUUGUGGAGUCGGAGGCGACGGUGGGGUAUCCGUUUGUGCGGGAUGAUCCUGAGCCAGCGGAGUGCACGGAGAUGACGCUGGAGCAGCUCCGGGUGUAUAUUGAGGACUUUCGGCGGGAACGAAGGGAGGUGAGGGAUUUUUUGCAGCAUUUACAGAAGGAGUGGGCCGAUGCAGAGUCGGCCAUGAAGGAGCGGUGGUCCGCGGAGGAUGUGGAGCGCUCUAAAAAGUCCAAAAGAGGCAGUGCAACUGUUCGCAAACAACGGGUGCUCGUGCACAAGGAAGAAGACUAUGCUGGGGAGCGUCAAAGGGCCGCACAGGAACUUACUGACCACUACACACAACAGGCGAGGGAGGCCAACUCAAAACUGACACAAAUAGAGCGUUCGUGUAGGUGGGCUGUGGACGGGGCAAAUUUAAUUAUAAAGUGUGCACAUGAGUUGCGAGAGGCAAAUGCGGUGCCGGAGUUGGAGUACAGCCGCAGUUUGACUCUUGCCGCGCGAGAUGUCGGUAAAGAGUGUCACGGUGCACCUGCCAUUGGGAUGCAAUCACCACAGGCCUCGUUGUUCUCCCCAUUAUUACCGCUUUCGAGCACGACGGGCGAUGAGGACAGAAUACGAUUCACGCAGCCUCCGAGCACAGCGAGCACCCGGCAAGGCUCAUCCGUCUUACGUUCGUCUAUGGUUCCGAGUUCGCCUGCAGAAGAGAAUCGUCACGCCGCUCUUCCGCCCAAGAACAGCAUCCGGCAUGACGCGGGCAGCGUCGUGGAUGCUCUGUUUACGAGAAGAGAAGAAAAUAGCGAGCGGGCACCAACACCACUGCUAAAAGUAGGCACGAAUUCUUUACAGAACGAACCACCGCAUGGUUUCCAUUCGCAUGACUUUUCUAGCGAAUGUGAUUACCUUGCGAAGCUGGCAAUGAAGGCGUGCGGGAAGUAUGGGUAUUACUCUGCGGCUAUUCGUGGGGUGCGAAUCUGUGGUGCCUUUUCCCCGCGCAAGAUGUUGAUUCAAAUGCUUCUUGGGACUCGUGUGCCGCAGUUUACGGUUCCGACUCCAACGGCCCCAAGCGACUCAUGCGAGCCCUUCACUUCCUCUCAGACGAAACAGACGAAGGCUACUCCGCUUCUCUGGGCCAAUGGCCGCCUUCUGGGCAUUGGCUGGGUCCGAGCCAUAAACGGUACUGUGAGCGUCACAGUCCUUGUCGCCACCAGCUUCGAGGAGCUGAGUCUCAUUCAUGAGCGCCGUGAUUUCACCCUCCCGCAACUCCAUCGCAUCCUUAACACUUCUUGUUCCGCUUAUACGAGAACCGAACAAAUUCGACCGGCCGUUAUGCACAUUCAGUCUUUACUGGGUGUGCAAGUGGUGGAACCCGUGGCGCAUCCCAUAUUGGUGGAUAAGGAGCAGCGUGUGGCGCGUUUGCUUGUUCGAGCGGACCCAAAUUGUGUUGAGGUCACAGCGACGGUGAGUUGCGUGUCGGAGGCGAUUCCAUCCAUCCCACUGCUGGACCGCGAAUUGCUACUGGUACAACGCAGCCGAGACGAUAUUGAGAAGGUGGAGAUCCUUCUUGACACGCAGGCGGCAUGGCACCGUUGGUCAGGCCACCCCCUUCUUGUGCAUAUGUUUGAGAGAGAUAAGACUGCCCGUGGUGUAAAGUCAUUCAAAAACAUUGGCUUUGUCCGUGUGAUUCCCCUGCAGCGUGGUGACGGUCGGUUUAUGGACUCCAGGCAAUUCACAUCCCCGUCGUCUAAAAGGGAGAAAGACACUGCCGUAGUUGGAGUCCCACCGCUUUUAGUGCACAAGCGAUAUGUAGGACCGAUGGAAGGGCAGGCGGAGUCCUGUGGUUGGCCACUCGUCACGGUGAACUUUCAGGAGCUCUGCGCCACCCUCAUUGAACCACUUCGGGGAAAAUGGAUUGCCUGUGGAGAAAUGCAGCAUGUUGCAAUACAAAUUCCAAAAGUUGCAUAUUUAGACAAAAGCAUAAAAAAUGUUCGUGUCCUGCUGGAGAAGGAGCAGGCGUUUUUUGAGUGGGAGGCGACAAGUGGGAGUCAAGAGCGGAUGAAUGAGGUGAUUACAUCAAAGAUGGCCACACUGAAGGUUGCUGAGAAUGAGCUCCAGGAGAAGGAGGGACCCAUGCAGCAGGAACUAGCGCAGCUUCAAAAGAACAUGGUGAAAAAGCGCGGUAAAGAAAUGGCCAAACUGAAGCGACAGGAGGAGGAGCUGCGGCAGCGCAUGGAUGACAUGAAAAAAAACGUUGAGGAACUGCGCCAGUCCCUUUCAAAUGCACAGGAGGACUUGGUGCAACUGGGGCGUGAGUACGCCCUUCGCGUUAAGCGCCAGCGGAAUCUGAGAAAAGAGUACGAGCGACUACGCGACCGUGCCGACCGUACGAAGCCACUCAUCGUGGAGGUUGUUCUUGUCACGGAUGAAACGACGCGGAGCACUGUGGCGGAGAAUACCCGACUGCAGCCGACCAACAACGCCUGCACACUGUACGAGGGAGAUGUGCGGUUGACACUUGGAUUCAAGGGGUGCGCUUUACUCCUUGUGAAUGAACAGGAGGUGGUGCGAUGGGAGGUGCGGCCAGGGUAA